AUGGGAUCUAUGGGCAACCCCACGACUUGGAUGCCAUAUAUAAACAGUAAGGAUUGCACUCAGGGUUUCUGUAGUUUGUACUGCCCCCAAUGGUGCUACCUGAUCUUCCCUCCCCCACCUCCCUCUGAUGAAUUUCUCAAUGACGACUCGGGACCGAAUUUUUCGCCUCUCGUUAUCGCCAUUAUUGGCAUAUUGGCAAGUGCCUUUCUCCUUGUUAGUUAUUAUGUAAUCAUCUCCAAGUAUUGUGGCAACAGAUUUUCAUCAAGAAGAAGAGAAAAUAGUGAAGACAACACAGAAUUCGAAGACAUUAAUCAAGAGCCUUCAAAUCAUGAGUUCUGGCAUGUCCCAAGAAAUGGCAUUGAUGAGGCUGUUAUCAAGUCUAUUACAAUGUUCAAGUACAAGAAAGAUGAUGGAUUCAUCGACGGAACAGAUUGUUCUGUUUGCCUCAGUGAGUUCGAAGAAAACGAGAGCCUUAGGCUUUUACCAAAAUGCAGCCAUGCUUUCCAUGUACAAUGUAUAGAUACAUGGCUUAAAUCUCACUCGAAUUGCCCUAUCUGUCGAGCAGAUAUCUCUUGUGUCAAUGCAUCGUCUCCUCAAUUAGCCCAUUGGAUUUCAGAAACUCCUCAUGAUCGUAAUGAAUCUCGACCCCGGAGCCCGGCCGAAGAUGGGAAUGCAGCUGUGGUAGAUGAUUUUCAGAUAGAUAUUAGAGAAGAAGAAACUUCACAAAGAAAAGUACAGAAUUAUUUUGGGGAUUCAGAACUUAGGGACACUGCAAUUCAAAUUAGAAGAUCAGUGUCCAUGGAUAAUAUUUGUGAACAUCAUUUGUCAAUAGCUGAUGUAUUCCGGAUUCGUCCAAGAAAGUUGCAGCUUGCAAUCUGUACCGAGGAUACAGUUUUAGGAUUAGCUCACCCUCAUGGGAUCGCGACCUUUUGUCCUGGCCAUGUUAGCGCGUGUGUAGCCCAAGGUACAAGGGACAAGAUGAUAUAUAAGAAAGAUUACGAAAUGGAAGAGUGCCACUUCUUGAGUGACAUUGGAACAUCCAAAAGGCCUGUAGAAGAAAUGAAUAGGUAUAGUUGUAGUGGUACAAGUCCUGUUGGCAUUAAGAGAUCACAUUCAUGUGGGAGGUUCUUCUUCUCCAAACGUGGAAGAGGAAUAAUUCCAUACUGA